AUGGCAGGUGUAAACGCUGAGAAGGCAGCUACUAGAGAAAAGAAACCUGUAGCCGAGAAGGCUGAUGUUAACAAGACCAAGGCCAAACCCUUAAGAAAAGGAAACCCCACUGCAGCCAAACACUGUCCUACCCGAGGAACUGGCAGAUACUCCCAAUCUGCUAUGCAUUCCAACAUGUCCAAGAGGAAAUUUUCAGUAGUUAAAUCCAGGACUGAAAAGAAAAUCCAGGCCUUCACAGCGGAUUCACUUGUUGUGCUAGAUCUCCAACUUGCUGCUGAGCUUGGGAAGACAUUGCUGGACCGGAAUACGGAACUGGAGAAUUCUCUUCAGCAGAUGUACACAACCAAUCAGGAGCAGUUACAGGAAAUUGAGUAUCUGACUAAGCAAGUGGAGCUUCUCCGACAGAUGAAUGAACAACAUGCAAAAGUUUAUGAACAAUUAGAUGUCACAGCAAGAGAACUGGAAGAAACAAAUCAAAAGCUAGUUGUUGAAAGCAAGGCUUCACAACAAAAAAUUCUGAGUCUGACUGAAACAAUCGAAUGCCUACAAACCAACAUUGAUCACCUCCAGAGCCAAGUGGAGGAGUUGAAGUCAUCUGGUCAAGGGAGAAGGAGCCAGGGGAAGUGUGAGCAGGAGAAAUCGGCGCCCAGCUUCUGUCUGAAAGAGCUGUAUGAUCUCCGCCAACACUUUGUGUAUGAUCACGUGUUUGCAGAGAAGAUUACUUCCUUGCACAGUCAGCAAAGCCCAGAAGAAGAAGAAAAUGCGCAUUUGAAGAAAACAGUGACAAUGUUGCAGGCUCAGCUGAAACUGGAGCGGGAAAAGAGGGUGAAUGUGGAAGAAGAGUAUGGGCUUGUGCUGAAGGAGAACAGCGACCUGGAACAGCAGCUGGGCGCCUCGGAUGCCUACCGAGCCCGGGCGCUCGAAUUAGAAGCGGAGGUGGCGGAGCUGCGGCAGAUACUGCAGUCAGAGAACCCUUUCGUGAAUGGGGUUGAGAAACUGGUGCCAGACUCUCUGUUUGUCCCUUUCAAAGAGCCCAGCCAAAGCCUACUGGAGGAGCUGUUCGUGGCUACACCCGAAGCACAUAGAAACCCUCUCAAGCGCAGCAGCAGUGAGACAGUGCUGAGCAGCUUGGCAGGGGGUGACAUCGUGAAGGGCCACGAGGAGACCUGCAUCCGGAGGGCCAAGGCUGUGAAGCAGAGGGGCAUCUCCCUCCUGCACGAAGUGGACACUCAGUACAGCGCCCUGAAGGUGAAGUAUGAAGAGCUGCUGAAGAAGUGCCAGCAGGAGGAGGACUCCCUGUCCCACAAGGCUGUGCAGACCUCCAGGGUGCCUACCAAAGACCUGGGGGAGGUGAACACCCAGCCUGAACCUGGUGCCGGCGCCUGGGAACUGGGCCCUGUCACCCCAGAAUCCGUCGGUUCCCCUGCUGCCACACCACCCCCUGAAUACAAAGCGCUUUUUAAGGAGAUCUUUAGUUGUAUUAAGAAAACUAAGCAGGAAAUUGAUGAACAGAGAACAAAAUACCCCUCCCUCUCCUCUUAUUCCUAACUGAACCUCCAGCUCUGCUACUACCUUCCUUCUUUCCUGUCACCUCAAGUGUUUGUAGAUCCCAAAGCCUGACGUUGCUCAUGACAUUGCCUCAUUAUCUUGCUUAUUCAGCAAAUGCAUACAGCCAGGGAAGAAGGUGGCACCUGACGUCAGUUCUGUAAUCCAGUUCCGUUUAAGCUCCUCAGGAAAUAGACAGACUGGCCUCUGGCUGGCGCACUGAUGAGACUGAUGCCUCGAAAAACCCCACAAGCAGUGGAGGGGAGUCCUUAUCCGCUGGAGGAGCAGGCCUGGAGUUACAUAGUCCAUAGUAUUACACAUAGGUGUACGUGUGUAGGGAAAGGGCAGAGCUGAGACGAAGCUACGGCCAUUCCUGCUGCCUCCUUGCUUCUCAGAACUAUAGAAGUCAGACUACUGCCGUACUGAAAUAUCUUUUGCAAACACUGUUGGAUACUGUGAAUUCAUUAUGAAGAAUGUUCAGGAGAAAGCAGGGGUCUAAUCCAAAAUAGAUGGGAUUAGUGAAAACUCCAGGUCUUUGGGUUUUACAUCUGCUACAGUUGAUCUGUGACUGACAGGUAACCCUAGUAUUCUGGCAAGCACUGGUGUGACCAAAGGUAACUUGUUGGCCUGUGCCCUCGAGGCCCUCCAGCCCCACAUUCUGAGGUUUCUUACUUAGAACCAUGAUGGCGAGAAAGGGUACAUAUGUAAAUCACUCCUUUCUUAAAUUCGAGCUAAAGGAAAAAGAUGGCCUCCUUGCUCCUACUGUGCUGUCUGAGAUGAUUAGCCUAUCAACCACAAGCUGUUCUUGCUCAGCUCCUAUUAAAUGUUUCUGAGCUGCUGCAGAAAUCCGUAUCUGCUGCUUUAUUACAGUAUUGGUGUUCUGACUCUGGAAACAUACUCAUCUAUUCACUUGCAUUCUUUUAAUUUAAAAAUAUUUAAGAGAACUGAGGUUCUGGUUAUUGUAUAUAUUUUUCUAAAACCCAAAUAAAACUACCUAUGAAAAUGAACAAAAAGAUUUAAUACUUGUCAUUUUAAGCUUAAGCCAUUUUCACAAUUGUAACCAACUACCCACUCUUUUUUUUCUUCCAACAAGAAACUAGGAAAAUUGGAUAGUGAUUUCCCCCCCCUCAUUUCUUUGAAAUAGAGCUUUGGAGUUUGUUUUUUUUUCCCCCUCAUUGAUAAUAUCUGUUAAAAUUACUGGAUGUUUAAAAAAUGCAUUUUCAGUUAACACUGUAUAAUUACCGCUAUUAGAAUUGUCAGGGUUGGUUCUGAAUGAAAAUCACAUUUGAUUAGUUGAUUCUCAAAAUAUUUGAUAAUUCAGUCAUAGAAAAGAAACUUUACAAACAAAGACUUUACAGUGGGACUAUUUAAGUCUAAAAAAAUGGAUGAGACAUUUUCUUCACAAUAGAUACAUGCAUUUAUAUGGUCCCUGACAGGUACAUUGUUGCUAUUAUCUUUGUAAUGGAUUGCUUAAGUGUCUUUGGACAUUUAUGAGUCUAGGAGAUAAAUUACUAGAUGUGAAAUAAAAAGGAUAGUAGCGGUUUGCUGGGCUAACCAUCUUCCGGAAGUUUACUGCUACAUCUGCCAGCUCCUAUCAAGAAUGUAGAAGGAUGCCUAUCUUCUCAUACCAGCAUGCCAGCAAACCUUCUGAGCUCCGAGAAACUAAUGGAGAAAAAAAGUUGUUUCCUUGAAGUUUAAAAUUGCGUGUUUUUUUUUAUUAAUGAGGUUGAAUGUUUUUUAAUCUAUUAAGCCACUUGUUACCAUGUUUUCUUACCCAAAAGCUCUAGUAUUUAGGACAUAAUCUUGCAAUUCAACUGUUUAUAUAUUUGGCAAAAUGCCAAUAACAGUCUCUCCUGGAAAAUACCUUGUAUACUUAAGAGGAACAUGUAUUCUUUUGUUGGGUAGUUUGUGUCUUGCAGAGUGGUUUAUUCUUAGGUCCUCAGUUUUCUUCUGUCUGCUUCGAUCCUUUAUUGUGACUGGAGAUUUGAAGUAUCUAAUGUCUGUUGUAGAACACUAUCUUCCCUGUUAAUUCUGUCUGAUUUUAUGUUUGGAGUUCUGCCACCCAUUAUGUAUGUUUAUAAUUAGGGGCUUCAUUUAACAUCUUAAAGCUGUAACAUUGUAAUUUGAAUGUAUAGUAUUUUAGCUUCAAUAACAAAAACUGUUUCUUUGCAGCUAUCUGCAUCCUUUUCAGUUAUUAAUGUUGCAAAAUUAUAUCUGUAUCUAUAGUAUCCCAAAAUAUAAACCAAUUCUUUCAAAUGCAUUAAUUUCUUAAAUUACGCAGAAAAUAAAAUUUGAAGUUACAAGUCAAAGUUGCACUAGCACUAGCAUUGACACAAUUUUUUCUUUAAAUGUUAGUAUC